AUGGCCGAGUUCGAUGUCGACACUUUGUUGCCAAAAGGCUACCGGCCGAAUUUGAGGGCCAAAAGUCCAGAUCCAAGGAACGCAUCGGAGAAGUCCCGUGGAUCGAGUUACUCGUUCCAAGGCGACCAGGCGAUUCCAAGGAAGAUGCCUUACCAUAUGGCGUCUCAGAAACCACCCCCUCCAAGUGUUGAGGAUGAAAAUGAUGCGCUGGCGAAGGAAGCAGGUUCGGUUAUAUCGAGUGUGCCGUCUGAAGAACCGCCAAAUCGCGGGGAUCCGGACCAGUACCCGAUAUUGUUGCCAGUGGAAGACCAGAUAUACCAACACAACCCUGAAAGGCGGUUUUUGCUCGUGUCAAAUCCAUCUGAUGGGUCGUCCGAUGUAUCAGACCCGGAAAAGACAACAGGUCAACAUCGCAGAUCAACCGAACGAUCAGCUGAGCCGGAUCCAGAACCAGACUUUUACGAAGCAAAUACCUGUCGCAAGAAGGUAACACCCCCCUCCCGCGACGAGAAACUCAACAGAAAGGAGACACGGCCUGAAGGGGAAUACCGUCCCAGCCGGCCCGGAGAUCUUCCUCCCAUCAUAACCGAUGGUGGGAGUGAGGCGCCGCUGCAUGAUACUCGACGAUCAAAGCAAUCUAGUAGGGUUGACAACCGUGGCGAGGAUUACUUUUCACCCCGUAUCACCUCCGCAACUUCCCGAGCUCCUCGCGAGCUGGCGGUAACACCAGAAAUUAUUGAACACGCAACCAACGGGCGGGAUCGCUCAUAUUACCGAGGAGCGUCGAGUCCAGAGGCCCAAACCCGCAAUCGCUCAACUCACAUGAAUGACCAACGCAACCAGAAUGUUGCGAAUGAUCGCAAAUAUAAAGAGAGAGAGCCUAAAUCAGCCCAUGCCCGUAGCCCCACGGUCCAGAAACGCCGUACAUCGGAACUUUCCAAGUACUCGAGGCGUGACUCGAGAGAAAGCUGCGAGUCUUCGCGUCAGUUGGCAGGCCGACUAUCUUCAAGAUCGAGCCGCAAGGCACCGUCUUCCACCAAUUCACAGUCUGACCGCGACUCUAGCACGCAGCGCUCGUCAGCACGUGCUCCAACACACCAAAACGAUACAUUCUACUCUAGUGAAGAUGAGCCUGUGGUGCGCGUCGAUCCUCACCGCCGAAGGAAAUCGUCUGUACCCCCUGGGAACGCUGGGUACCUAACUACCCCUGUUGAACAACGGGUUUCAGGUCGAAGGAAGUCUAGGGGACAAUCACCAUUGCCUUCGCCACGACUAUCGCAGACAUCUCUUUCAGAUCCGUACUCGAGUUCUUCGAGUUCGCGCAGCUCGACUUUCCCUAGAGAAUCGAGACCUGCUCGUGAUCAGGAUCGCGCCGGGCAACCGCUCUCUCGCGCUUCCACGUCGACAGGGUCUUUUAACGAAACUCGAAAUGGAAUACCAGUUGAUGCGGCUGUGGCAUCUAUUUCAAAUUCGAAUUUGCCAUUUGAUCAUCGCAACACGCCGGCUCACCCCCCGCCAAGGGCAGACUCUAGGAUGCAACCUCCAACUACAUCCGCCCCAACCCCAUCUCAGCCGUCAUGGCCGCCUCCUAGGUUCGAACCUCCUCCUCAAAGCAAUACCAAUAUCAACCCACCACUUAGUUCUUACAGACGGUUUUCGACCGAGAUGCAUUCUGGCGAGCUCCCAGAUAUCCCUCACUGCCCGCGCGCACGCGAAGAGGCAGGACACAUGGACUGGCUAACGCUACCACGAUGUGACAACUUCAACAUCUGCCCGUCGUGCUAUAGCGCGAACUUCGCGUCAACCGAGUUCGCGCACGAAUUUGUGUUGAUGCCUUUCCGGCCGCGUGAACGUCCACUAGCCUGCGACUUCGGUGCGUCGGAAUACUACCGCAUUGCAUGGUUAUUCACGCGCAAGUACGGCAGGCGUGACUUGGGAUUGUUCCAUAGUCUGACCAAGAUUGCAGCUCAAGUAAAACCGUGCACAGGGCAUCGUGAGGUAUCGCGCAUCUGGUAUUCUAUUAAAGACCCUACCACCAAGCGGCUCAUCGAGGAGUUCACGGUGUGCCCCGCGUGCGCCAAGACGGUCGAGGCGCUGCUGCCGAGCUUGACGGGCUUGUUUGUGCCGCUUGACUCACCGGCUGAGCCGACGCGUGGUAUCUGCGCAAUGCAUCACGACCUCGGGCAUGACCGCGGCCGAUUUCUCCUAUACUUUGACGUACUGGAGGGCGCAGCUGAUCGGGCAUUCCAAACCAAGUCUGCUCCGAAUGUCCAAGCGAUCGCAACACGCAUCCGCCAGCUUGCGGUAAUCCCUCCAUGUCCCGAAGAUCGCAUCUUGUACACCGCACGGUGGCAUACAAUGCGGGCUGUACCGUCAAUGUCUGUGUGCCCCGAAUGUUUCCUAAUGGUAGUGCAGCCGCUCCUCGACGGUCGUGAAGAUCUCACUGUUGCCGGGGAUUUCCAUCAUGGGCCUGGAGUCAAAGAGAGAGCUACUUGCACGCUAUACUCAGAUCGUAUGCGCAGUAUAUUCCAUCGGGCCGUUAUGAGGAAAGAUUUGGCGUACCUUAAGGCGAAGGUCAACGAGCGAGCUGAUAAGAAGAGGGAGUGUGAGACGCGUCUUGAAGCUCUCAAACGUCAAAGCCUCAGGACUCCCUGGACUCCAACUGAGCAGGAACGCAUUCUGAGAGAAUGGCAGAGGUUUGAAUAA